AUACUUUGAUAGUUCUCUCUCGCGAGAAGGACCUCGGGACUCGGCAGUUGGGGAAGUGGACGUGGGCGAACUACCGUAUAGGCUUUAACACAGGGGCACUUCAUUUUUUGUGUCGGGGUAGCUUGACCGCUGUACAAACCCUCACGCUAAACCGUCAAGCCCCACCUAAAUAUAUAAAUAAAGUAUUUAAAAGGAGCGACGUUCGACACGUUCCACUCGCGUUCACGGUGAAGACGUCAAGUUAAACGCUCCUGAGACGUUUACGUCCAGUAUGCUGCGCACGUAAGGACGUGUAACAGGCAAUAUAUUCUCAGACCCUGUGAAGUGUCCAUGGCACGUUUUAUCUCCCUGUUCCGGCCUCGGCCCCUUCUAGCCCUCGUGAGCAAGAGUAAACCAACGUUGAGCAAAAUGUCAAUGGACUCACGGGCGCAGCAGGUUUUUGCAGCAGCAGUGGAGGCUGUGCGACCAGACACUGUGGUCCGACAGAGUAUACGCCGCAAAGAUGAUUCAGUCAUUAUCAAUGGGCAAGAAUUCCCACUCAGACACAACCUACACUUGGUGGGCUUUGGAAAAGCCGUACUGGGUAUGGCUGCAGAGGCAGAGAGGAUUAUGGGGGAUCAUCUAGUGAAGGGGAUCAUAAGUGUGCCACAUGGGAUUCAGCAGACAUUGAAGCAGCAUGGAAAAGACCACCUGUUGUUGAAAGAAAACAGUCGUAUCAAAGUCAUGGAGGGAGCCAAGCACAACUUACCCGACACGGAUGCCCAGGAGGCAGCGGAAAGGAUCAAGCAGUUGGCCAGUGAACUGACAGAGAAAGAUUUGCUGCUUGUACUGAUUUCAGGUGGAGGCUCUGCUCUCUUACCUGCACCCAUCCCGCCAAUCUUACUGCACGAGAAGCUAGAAUUAACCCGCAAACUUGCAGCUGCUGGAGCAACAAUUCAGGAGCUGAACACUGUACGUCGCGCCCUUUCUUUUCUAAAGGGUGGAGGGCUGGCACGUCAUGCUUACCCUGCUCAGGUGGUUGCACUCGUACUGUCAGAUGUGAUUGGAGAUCCUCUGGACUUGAUAGCUAGUGGACCCACAGUCUGUGGAGAGGUGAGGCCUGAGGAAGUCUUGUCAGUUCUUGGACAGUACAAGCUGUUGGACUCUCUCCCAGCAUCAGUGAAGCAUGUCCUUGGGAAACCAAAUCCCCAGUGGACGGAUAAGGCAGAACAUGUUUUUAACGCUGUUAUUGGCUCCAACAGCAUUGCCCUUAAAUGUGCAGGACUCCGUGCCCGAGAGCUUGGUUUCCUCCCGGUUGUUCUGUCUCCAGGAGUGUGUGGUGAUGUCAAGUCAGUCUCUAAACUUUACGGCCACCUGGCUCGCUUUGCAUGUUCUCAGGAGGAACCCUCUCCUGAGAUUGUGACUGAGAUGCUGAAGCUCGGGCCUGAGGUGGGUGUGCAGACCUGGGACCUGCACCGCACCAUGAAAGUUUUGGGAGAAGGGCGCACAGAGGGAUGGGGUGACACGUGUCUGUUAGCUGGAGGGGAGCCGACUGUAGAGUUGACUGGGAAGGGUCGAGGUGGUCGAAACCAGGAGCUGGCUUUGCGAGUUGGACUGGAGCUGAGAGACCUGCAGCUCCCGCCUAAUGGUCCUGUCUUUCUGAGUGGUGGAACAGAUGGUCAGGAUGGACCCACCGAGGCAGCAGGUGCCAUUACUGAUGCAGGGUUAUAUGAAGAGGCACAAGCACAGGGGCUUGACAUCGACAACUUCCUAAACGACAAUGACUCUUAUACGUUUUUUUCCCGUCUUUCUGCUGGGCAACAUUUACUUGUACCUGGACUAACUUGCACCAAUGUGAUGGAUGUGCACAUGCUACUUAUUCCAUCAAAUGCCAAUAUUGUAAGAUAAUUCAAAAUCUGGAUCUGGAUUUUAAAAAGUACACAAUAUACCAUUUCAUGCAAGGUAUUAACACUUGCCUUGGUUGAUCCAAUCACAAUUGGACAGCUCUAAGUAUAGCUGUGAACUGAUGACACUUAUGUUUGCUCUAUGAACUUAUUCUAGAAACACAGAACUACAUCAUUUGUUUGCAAAGACCAGAUGUAUUGUUUUCAGGUCUAUCGCAGAUGUAAAAAAAAAACAUAUAAUGUUUUUCAUUAAUA